GUAUAAUUCAUAGCCAUGCAAUACAUUAAAGGAUUCUUUGGCUCAUUCUUCAGUCUGGAUACGUACGGUGAUUUAGACUUGGGCCAUGAGCAUUUCCCAAACACCGUUGAAGGCUUUGGGUACCGUUUCAACGAGAAUGGCCAACUCAGAAAGAUCGACACUGACGAGCCUUUCCAAUAUGAUGUCAAGCCCGGGGACAAAGCUUAUAAUCAAGGGCACUAUGAGGCGCUAGGGAAAUGCAUAGGACAUUACAUUGAAGACUUACUUGUGUCGAAAUACGGACUGGAACGCACAAUCGUUCCACUUAGAGUGGACGCGGACGAUGCCAAUACACCGAAGAGCCAUAUCUACUUGUCUAAAGGUGCUCUCACUACAACAGAUACGCUGUUGGUAUUAAUACAAGGUUCUGGUGUUGUCAGACCAGGUCAAUGGAGCCGAGCAGUCAUCAUGAAUGAAUCUCUGGAGCUUGGAACCAUGUUUCCUUAUAUCGAACGAGCGCAACGAAAUGGCUGGGAAAUAAUGAUCCUAAAUCCCAACCUCAAUGAAAUUUCUUUUGAUGAUGGUGAUGGUAUGGACUUCGGAGGCGAAGGAGGCUUAUCGUUUUCGAAAAAGUUGGGCAGCAUGACGAUCGAAGGUAGCGAAACUCCGGAGCACCACUGCCAGUACGUUUGGGAUAACUUCAUCAAGAUGAGUAAAGCGGAAAAUAUAGUGAUAGUAGCUCACAGCUACGGCGGUCAUACCAUCACAUUGCUUGCAACUCAUAAUGCGUUCGAUUUCACUCAUCGCGUGACGGCACUGGCGUUAACGGACAGUGUUCAUAGCCGAUCCAGUAUCAAAGGACAGCCAGUCAUCGAAUGGUUCGAUCGCAAUGCCCGAGACUGGGUUGCUUCAAAAGAGUCGUUGGACAAGGACCUGCCGUAUCACACAAAGGAUGCGGGCUGUCCAUGCGUUUCAGCAGGUCAUUCAAAGCAUGCGUAUACGUCGGGUACGGCUAAAGACUCUGUCAUGAAUUACCUCGAAAGUAAGAUUAGAAAGACGGAGCGAGAAUAGUCAAUGCUUUAUUCACUCGGGUUUAUUUACUGUGGUGUAUUAUUGUGAUAAGAAACAAUUGAAUCAAACGAAGGUUGGAGGGUGUUUUCAUGUUAUUUUUUCUCUCUCCAGGAUGUAAUAAACAUAAAAAGUAUUCAAAUAUAGGCGAUAAUAAGUUGGGUACGGCCAUUCAGUAAAUGUACCAUGCUGCUAAUCCGCAGAGUGCGCUUGUGAUAACGGAGCACACAAAGUUGACCUUAUGAACGGGGA